CGUUCAGCUCCCACUUCUGCCGUCCGGCCACAACUGGAAUAUCAGAUUUACCCGCCUUCACUGAAAGCAUGGCAGAAUAAUACAUCUUUCACACGGGAAAAAAAGUCUCCGAGGGUUGGUAAAGGACGCCUGAACAGAGUGACCUUCCUCAGCAGGCUUUCUGCUCUCUCCGUCAGGUGCACAGGAGGCCCCCAUGGUUUCACCACCCACUCAUUUACAGUGUGAAGUUCAAGGCUCAGAUAGAGUGGGGGGAGGGGGUGGAGAAGUUAGAAGGGAGCUCCCUGCCUGGACUUGCCUGAAGGAGACUGCGAUAUGUGUCAUUUGUGUGUUGAUGUCCCAGGACUGGGGAACAACUGAGAAGUGCCGAUCCCACCUCCUGUCCCAAAUGGGCCAGUGCUAUCAGGUGACCCAGCAAUCAGUUUAAUGCCUUUUAUAAGAGUAAGAUUGCUUCUUUGCCUUCUACUCGAAGAUUCAGGAUGAACAGUAACUAUCCCAGGUCACUGAUCGACAGCAGGGCAGUGGGUGCAUCUAACUACAUGCAGCUGGGCGUACCACUAGUGGCUGACCCAUCCACACAUCACAGUCAGCACCUUCCCCACAGUGACAGUUUGGCACAUGUCCCGUUGCUGGUCUACCCAACCAGCCUGGAGUCAACCUACUAUGAUACUUACGGCAGCAUGUUCCCCUACGUGCCUUUCCAUGGACACUUUGGUGUUUACGACUGUCCUUUUGAGCCCGCCUUCAUUCAAAAGAGGAAUGAGAGGGAGAGGCAGAGGGUUAAGUGUGUGAACGAGGGCUACGCCAGGCUGCGCGACCACCUUCCGGGGCCACUGUCGGAGAAGCGCCUGAGCAAAGUGGAGACCCUGCGGGCUGCGGUCAGAUACAUCAAGUACCUUCAGGACUUACUCAGCCACAACCCAGAGAGCCCCCCUCAGUUAACCAAGGAGCCUCAGCAGGACAGGAGGUCUCACAAGUCUCCCAUCGCCAAGCAGGACCCUAACAGUGAUGGGGAAUCGAAACACUCCUCUCCCUAUUGUGAGUCAGAGGGGAGGAACACUUCCAGCUCUGAUCACAGCUGAUGGUGUAACCAGUUUCCAA